UGACGUAGCAGUUUCUAAAUAAAGAUCAUAUACGACCGAAGGAAAAGGAUCAUAGUCUUAAAUUUUUUACCGUUUUUCUUAAGAAUCUAAACAAAAAAAAUGAGUUUGUGGGUAGAUAAAUAUAGGCCAACUACAUUUUCUAAAUUAGAUUAUCAUAAGGAACAAGCAGAAUAUCUUAAAAAUAUGGUACAUAAAGGAGACUUUCCACAUUUGUUAAUAUAUGGACCAUCCGGAGCUGGAAAAAAAACUCGUAUAAUGUGUAUUUUGAAAGAAUUAUAUGGUUCUGGAGUUGAAAGAUUACGAAUGGAAAAUAUGCAGUUUGAGACUCCUUCUAAAAAAAAAUUAGAAAUAAUGACUAUAAGCAGUAAUUAUCACAUAGAAGUAAAUCCCAGCGAUGUAAAUAUAUAUGAUAAAGUUGUUGUAAUGGAUUUAGUAAAAAUGACAGCACAAACUCAUCAAAUUGAUCCGACCGGACAAAGAGAGUUUAAAGUGAUUUUAUUAACAAAUGUGGAUCAACUUACAAGGGAUGCUCAACAUGCACUACGUAGAACCAUGGAAAAAUAUAUUGCUACUUGCAGAUUAAUUCUUUGUGCAAAUUCUAUAUCUCGUGUAUCACCAGCUAUUCGAUCUCGAUGCCUAGGAAUACGUGUUCCUGCACCAUCGAUAACAGAAAUUAAAUCUAUUUUACAAUCAGUCUGUAAACGGGAAAGUCUAACUUUGCCAGAUGAAUUAGCUACCAGAAUUGCUAAUAUUAGUGGGAGGAAUCUUAGAAGGGCAAUAUUAAUGCUUGAAGCUUGUAAAGUUGAACAGUAUCCAUUUACUGCCAAUCAAAAUAUUUCAGAACCUGAUUGGCAAAUAUUUAUUCGUACUACGGCUAAUAUGAUGAUAACAGAACAAACUCCUAAAAAGCUAUUAGAUAUUAGAAAAAGACUUUAUGAAUUAUUAACGCAUUUAAUACCUUGUGAUGUAAUUUUUAAAGGAUUGUUACAAGAAUGUAUCAAAAAUUGUGAUCUUCAAUUAAAAAGUGAAAUUACAUUCAUAGCUGCUGAAUAUGAGCAUAGAAUGCUAAAUGGAUCUAAAGCUAUUUUUCACUUAGAAGCUUUUAUUGCUAGAUUUAUGGCUAUAUAUAAAAAAUUUAUGGAUUCGUCGCUUGAAGAUUUCGUAUGAUUUUAAAAAUCUAAUUAAAGUUAUUGAUAUAAAGUAUUAGAACAACGAUCUAUUUUGACAAAUGUCUAAUCGUAAAUAUUUUAUUAUGUACAAAACAUCCGAAAUAUAUGAAAUAUUGUAUUGUAUUUCACAUUUAAGGAAAAUACAAUUUUUGCAUUGGUCUUUACAUAAAUACAUUUCCUUAAUUUCUCCCCUACAAUGUUUACCUAAAUAAAUGAACAGAUUAAAAAGUAUUAGAAACAGUUCAAUCUGUAAGACACAACCAUACAAAAGAAUUUGUAAAAAAUGUAUCUCUAUAAUAACUUAUUUUAUUUCAUACAAUACUAACAUUAUAGGAUGAAAUAUGACGCACAUCCAAAUAACAACGAAUUUCUAAAAAUAAAUAAUUUCUGAAAUAAUCCACUUAGUUUUAGUGCUUACAUAGCUGCUAAAACAACAGCAGAAAUAGCUGCUAAAGCAACUACUGCAUAGCCUGUUGAAUAUACUUGUUUAAUUGUCAGAAACAUUCCUAAAUCCCAAGCCUGUAAUAUUAUAAAAAAUAGACAAAAUUUAUUUUUAAAAUAAUUUUGUUUUAUAUUGCAGUUAUUUUAUAUAUCAACUGUUUACCAAAUGUCGAAAUCCAUUGAACAUAUGAAAUGUAGCAGGAAAAGCAAGUAAUGUUUUGCCUGCAAAAAGUAUAGGAACAGGCAAAUUUAAUUCGCUUAAAAGUUCUAUAACGCAAGGUAUUCCACCUGGCACAAAUAAAGUACCUAGAACAUAACAAAAGAGAAAAAAAAAAUGUCUGUAGUAAUAUUAAAGAGAGAUAUCAUCAAAAAAAUAUUGAUUCUGAUUUUUCACAAUGUAUGAUGAAAAAUUAUAUACUUACCAAGACCUAAAAACAUAGCAUAACUUGAUAGUAUUAUGCCAGUUGUACGAUGUGAUAUAGAAAGCAAUGCUGUUAAUUGCACUUGAUAGAUAGUCAAAUGUGGUGACAUAGGUCGUUUAAGACGCAUAUUCUUUUCAUCGUGUGUUUCACAGAUAUUUGCACGUAAUGGUUGUGAUAAAGAUGUGGUAAGUGAACUAUAACAUAUUGAAUUUUUAUUAUACAAUACUCGUUUGUAAUUUUCUUUAAGAUAAAAGUAUAUAUUAUGAUAUAUAUAUAUACAUUUUUAAUUUGUUAUCUUUGCAGAUAUUCAAAUAAGCAGAAAAAAAUAUUCCUUAACAUUUAAAUAAAUUGAUUUUAGAAGAGAAAUAUAAUUGACAGUCAGAUGAUCAAAUCGAUAUUACAUAAUACAUUAACACUCACUUGCUUGUAUAUAAGCUUCGAAAAUGUUGAAAGCCAAUACUUCGUCGACAAAGAAGCCUAAAAUAUAUUUAAUGUUGUAAUUCUGAUUUGAUUAAAGAAAUUAAAUGAAAUAACAUUUAAUACCUAGUAUAACACAAUGCCAUCGUUGUUGAAAUUUAUAUUCUCGUGACACGAAAUGUAUAGAUAUUACAGAAAAAUAAUUAGGUACAGAUUACUUUUUAUUUUGUCGCGCGUAAAAUAUUUCAUUAAUUCGUAUCGAAAAAAUACAUGCAGGUAAGACAAGAAUCAACACUUCUUCAAA